AUGAGGCCCAGCGUGGAGGUCCCCAGUGAGAGACCCACGGUGUAUAAAAACCAGCUUGUUCCUGGACACAGCAGCACACUCCUCAGGCAUGAUGCUCGGGUGCACAUCUACCCCGGUGGCUUGCGAACAUACACUCGACGAUAUAAAUGUACCUGUGAUCCCAAAGUCAACACAUCGCGGCUUUUCCUCUCCUCAGGUCAUCUGCUGCCUCAGAGCUGUGAACUGGCUCUACCCUGCUGUGCAGACGGGGGGUCACUGUUGAGCAUCAAGGCGCCUCAGGUCGGCGGGGUCAGUGUUCAGCUGGAGAUGCAUGUGCUUUGGCAGCAAUUCGACCAACUGGGCACAGAGAUGAUUGUCACCAAAGCUGGAAGACGGAUGUUCCCGACAUUCCAGGUGCGGAUCUCUGGGAUGGAGCCGACUGCUGAGUAUGUCUUGCUUAUGGACUUCAUCCCUGUUGAUGAUAAAAGAUACAGAUAUGCCUUCCACAGCUCAUCCUGGUUGGUGGCAGGACGAGCGGAUGUUGCGCCCCCGAGCAGGAUGCACUUCCACCCGGACUCACCUGCCCGCGGAGCCCAGUGGAUGAAGCAGACCGUGUCCUUCGAUACCCUCAAACUCACCAACAACUUGCUGGAUGACAACGGACAUAUGAUAUUGAACUCCAUGCAUCGCUACCAGCCGCGCUUCCACGUGGUGUACGUGGACCCGGCGCCCAAUAGCCACCUGAAUGCGUACAGAAACUUCAACUCUUUCUCCUUCCCAGAGACGCGCUUCAUGGCAGUCACUGCCUAUCAGAACCACCGGAUUACCCAGCUAAAAAUUGCUAGCAAUCCGUUUGCUAAAGGGUUCAGGACGACAGACGGCCAGGACUGGAUGGGUAAUUCCAGGCCCCCAGCAGCGUGGUGUCCACCAGAGGGCAGAACAGAGCCCCUCACCACUAAACCAGGAGACCAGAGGAGCUGGGGCUCCAAGACUUCAACCAGACCAGAGGAAACAGCCCUGUUUCUGUCAGAGCGUUGUGGACCGUUCCACCACAGCAAAGACUCGGCAGAAUUCCCCGUGGAGGGGAGAGAUGGGGACAAUUUUCCAUCACCUGCUUCGUCCUUCUUCCCUCUCCCAUCCUACUGUGACUGUGCAGGAUCAUCUCAAAGCAGAGACAACCUGCUGUAGGAAAAACAAACAAAUUGAAUGACCUUUGACUUGAAUUUGACCUAUAAUGUGCAUUUAUAAUAAAAGUGCAUAGUUUAAAAUUGUGUACCAUCAAGAGUAUAAUGCCUAUGACACAACAUGGUAGAUUACUGCAGAGAUGCUCUAAGCUAUAAAUAAUUCCAGAACAUAAAAUAAGAGCCAUACAGGGUCAUAGUGGUGAAGUACUGGACAUUAUGGCAACAAUAUACAAUGGUAUAGAAAAAACAUUAAAUACUGGUAUAGUUCCUUCACUCUCUCAGAUAACGACAGUAAAAACAACAAUUGUAAUUUGUCAUUAGAACAUUUGUGCAAUGGAAAUUAAUCCAUUUGUUGUCUGAAAUAAUAAAAUAAAAUUUUUCUUCAAAUUUGGUUUCAAAUUGUUUUUCUUCAAAUUUAUAAAGAUCAUUUAUAAAUCCAAGUAAAAGUGUUACGUUUAGAGAAAAACAUGGGAAACAGAGCAGAGUGCAAUUUGAUCAGAACAACAUCUGACAAUAUAGUUAAAAAAAAUGGUUAUAAU